AUGACGACCUCGACCUCCCGUAUUAAAAUCAGGUCGAAGCUCAAAACGAAAGAAAAACUGGCUCGGUCCGCCCGCCGAAGCGCUUCCGAGGCCGGUCCCAGCCACAGCGCCCCCAGGAACGCCGACAGGAACGCCGACAGGAACGCCGACACUGCCACACACUCAGCUGCCGACGAUAACACUCGCGCGAACGCAAGCAGCACCACCGACACCAACCAUGCGCCUGCGCCCGAGCGCUACCCGAACGCUGCGUCCGACUUCGCGAGGAUCCUCGAGCUCGCUGCGCGCACCUCGGACACGGCCGCCUGCGUCGAGAUCUUCCUGCGCACCUGCGCUAUGGCCGUCCGGGCCUGGUCAAGCUGGACUUCGUCGCGCAAGGCCAAGAGGGCAGCCGCGGAGGCCGAGAAGAGCAAGAACGAGCGCACGGCCGAGUCUGAUGGCCAGCGCGACGCCGCGGGAUCUAGCAAGGAAGCCGAGCGCCCGACCGAGCAGCCCCAGGACGACGACGAGCGUACCGACGCAGCGCCCAAGCCCAGCAGCAGCGAGGCGGCCACCCAGGAGGCCGAGGCCAAGCCCAAAGACGCUGCCGAGACCGCCGCGUCUAUCCCGGACGACCCCGGGGUCAAGAGCGAGCACGACGACGAGGACAGCGGUCCGGCGGAUACCGAGCAGCAGCACCCCUCGCAGGCUUCUACGUACUCGGCCUCGGCCGUUGCCCUUGUCUCCAACAUCGAGCCCGCCGCGGCCUAG